AAGCACAGGAAUAGCAUAAAGUGCAGAACCUGGCAGACACUUGGUACAGCCCAAGAAACCAAAAGCAAGACAAGCUCCAAAAUCCACAGCCAUCACAACACCAUCGCACCAUCUUACUUUCAAAACAAAUACAUUGGCAUUCGCUUAUUGACCCUUUCUCUUACGUUCUCUAUUCUUGACAUUUCGUCGAACACAAAACGUCAAUCUCUCUGUUACCCUAAAAACAACAAUGUCGCUGCGACCAGGUACACGAACAGAGGUGAGGAAGAAGUCGUACAAGACUGGAGUGGAUGCAGAUGAAGCAAGAAGGAGGAGAGAGGACAAUUUACUGGAGAUCAGAAAGAAUAAAAGAGAAGACAAUCUUUUGAAGAAAAGAAGAGAAGGUCUUUUGUUUCAGUCUCAAAGUCAGCCUUUGCUUGAUGCUGCUCAACAUGCUGCCAAUAUCGAAAAAAAGUUGGAGAGUCUUCCGAUGAUGGUCCAAGGAGUGUGGUCUGAUGAUCCUUCCUUACAGUUGGAAGCAACUACUCAGUUUAGAAAGCUUUUAUCUAUUGAGCGCAGUCCUCCUAUAGAUGAUGUAAUCAAAGCAGGUGUGGUCCCGCGGUUUGUGGAAUUCCUUGGAAGGCACGAUCUGCCUCAACUACAAUUUGAGGCUGCGUGGGCUUUGACUAAUGUUGCUUCUGGAACAUCAGAGCAUACGCGAGUUGUCAUUGACCAUGGUGCUGUUCCUAUGUUUGUGCAGCUUCUUAGUUCUGGAAGUGAUGAUGUCAGAGAGCAGGCGGUAUGGGCCUUGGGCAAUGUUGCGGGUGACUCCCCAAGUUGCAGGGAUCUUGUUCUUGGUCAUGGUGCUCUGAUGCCAUUGCUAGCUCAGCUAAAUGAGAAUUCAAAAUUAUCCAUGCUUAGGAAUGCUACCUGGACAUUAUCCAAUUUUUGUCGUGGCAAGCCACCAACACCAUUUGAUCAGGUGAAGCCUGCUUUGCCAGUUCUCCAGCAACUUAUCCACUUGAAUGAUGAAGAAGUCUUAACAGAUGCAUGCUGGGCACUCUCCUAUCUUUCAGAUGGUCAAAACGACAAAAUUCAGGCUGUGAUUGAUGCUGGUGUCUGUCGACGUCUGGUGGAGCUUCUUCUUCAUCCAUCACCUACAGUUCUUAUUCCUGCCCUUCGAACAGUUGGAAACAUUGUUACAGGCGAUGACGGUCAGACUCAGUUUGUAAUUGACAAUCAAGUCCUCCCUUGUCUCCACCAACUUCUCUUGCAAAAUCACAAAAAAAGUAUCAAGAAAGAAGCGUGUUGGACAAUCUCUAAUAUCACAGCUGGAAAUAGAACUCAAAUACAGGCUGUUAUUGAGGCCAAUAUUAUUCUCCCUCUUGUAAACCUUCUGCAACAUGCGGAGUUUGACAUUAAGAAGGAGGCUGCCUGGGCUAUCUCAAACGCCACCUCUGCAGGCUCUCAUGAACAAAUUCAAUUUCUGGUGAGCCAGGGUUGCAUUAAACCACUGUGUGAUCUUCUUAUCUGCCCAGACCCCAGGAUCGUGACGGUCUGCCUUGAGGGGCUGGAGAACAUCCUUAAGGUGGGUGAGGCUGACAAGGAAAUGGGCUUAAAUGGUGGAGUUAAUCUGUAUGCGCAAAUGGUUGAUGAAUGUGAUGGAUUGGAUAAGAUUGAGAAUCUGCAAACUCACGACAACAAUGAGAUUUAUGAAAAGGCAGUGAAGAUUUUGGAGAGAUACUGGGCUGAGGAAGAAGAUGGAGAACCGAUUGUCCAAGAUGGCGGGGAUGGAAAUCAGCAAGGUUUUGCUUUUGGAACUAACCAGCCUAGUGUUCCCCAAGGUGGCUUCAAGUUUGGGUGAAUAUGUUUUGUUACCUUCCUAGGUUUUUUCACUUGCAUUGAAAUUUUCGACUCUAUAUGUUUGCUGCUGCCAAUGUCAGAAUUUUUGGUCUGGCACAUAGGGUUUCAUUCAUCGAUGGAAAUUGUCAAAAAUGUUACAACCUUAGGACUCCAUCUUGGAAUUUGACCAGUUGAAUUGUAAAACUAUAUGUCAUAGGAAAAGUGAUCUUUGUGAUUGUCUUGAUAUGGAAUCAGCAUUUUGCGAUUGAUAUAAUGGAUUCUUAGACAUUGAGACCA